UUUACCCUUGUGCCGUGCUACUCCUGUCGCGAGACUUCCUGCUCCUCUGCCGCUCCCUUUGCCGCCGCCUUAGUCGGGGACCCGGACCCAGCCUCUCCCCUACCCGAACACCGGCCCCGGCUCCACCGAGGUCCCGGUCCCCCAGCCCCGCCUCGCCGCCGCCAUGGCGGACCCUAAAUACGCCGACCUCCCCGGCAUUGCCAGGAACGAGCCAGAUGUUUAUGAGACCAGCGACCUACCUGAGGAUGAUCAAGCAGAGUUUGAUGCGGAGCUGGAGGAGCUGACAAGCACAAGUGUGGAGCACAUCAUUGUCAACCCCAAUGCUGCCUAUGACAAGUUCAAGGACAAGAGAGUGGGGACAAAGGGACUUGAUUUCUCAGAUCGUAUUGGAAAAACCAAGAGGACAGGAUAUGAAUCUGGAGAAUAUGAGAUGCUCGGAGAGGGCCUGGGAGUGAAGGAGACACCCCAGCAAAAGUACCAGCGACUAUUGCAUGAGGUCCAGGAGCUGACAACUGAAGUUGAGAAAAUCAAGACAACAGUGAAGGAGUCGGCCGCUGAGGAGAAGCUGACCCCUGUGGUGCUGGCCAAGCAGCUGGCAGCCCUGAAGCAGCAGCUGGUGGCCUCCCACCUGGAGAAGUUGCUAGGACCAGAUGCCGCGAUCAGCCUGACCGACCCUGAUGGAGCUCUGGCUAAGCGCUUACUGCUGCAGCUGGAAGCAACAAAGAACAGCAAAGGGGCUGGUUCUGGAGGAAAGACUACCAGCGGGACCCCUUCAGAUAGCAGCCUGGUCACUUACGAACUACAUUCUCGGCCUGAGCAGGACAAGUUCUCUCAAGCUGCCAAAGUUGCAGAACUCGAGAGGCGCCUGACAGAGCUGGAGGCAGCUGUCCGCUGUGAUCAGGAUGCUCAGAAUCCCCUUUCUGCAGGUCUACAGGGAGCUUGUCUUAUGGAGACUGUAGAGCUGCUGCAGGCCAAGGUGAGCGCCCUGGACCUUGCAGUUUUGGACCAAGUGGAGGCCCGGCUACAGAGUGUCCUGGGAAAGGUGAAUGAGAUUGCAAAGCAUAAAGCCUCUGUAGAGGAUGCAGAUACACAAAGCAAGGUGCACCAGUUAUAUGAAACCAUACAGCGCUGGAGUCCCAUUGCCUCCACCCUUCCUGAGCUGGUGCAGAGACUCGUCACCAUCAAACAGCUGCACGAACAAGCCAUGCAGUUUGGGCAACUGCUGACACACUUGGAUACUACCCAGCAGAUGAUUGCUAGUUCCCUCAAGGACAAUGCCACCCUCUUGACCCAGGUGCAGACAACCAUGCGUGAAAACCUGGCCACAGUUGAGGGGAACUUUGCCAGCAUUGAUGAACGGAUGAAGAAGCUGGGGAAGUGAGCACCUUUGGGAGCUAGAAAACGGGGGUAAUCCUUACCCCUCUGAACUCUGUUAACAACUUACAUAGGGUUUCCCCUUCAUUAUAACUCACAUCCCAGUCCCGUUUGAUACUGGGGGCAAGGGUUCUUCUUGCAUGUGGGGUUUGUGCCCCUCCCCUGAUGAAUAGAGAGCGGUAGCUGGGGGAUGUUAGAUGGUGGUCUCCCCUCGGCCCAGGGUAAGGCUUGUGGGCCCAGCCACAUGCCCGCUCAUGUCCAGUACUGCUUUGCCUGGUGAGGGGAAGGACUGGGUCCUGUCCUCCAACACAGCUUCUGUGGCUGACUGUACUACUGUACAACUGUUUCUGAUCAUUAAAUGCCGUUGUACUCUG